AUGCUGGCACAGAUCUCUGUUGCAGUGGUGCUGAGUGAGGUCAUCCAGGCCUUCUCUGUGCCAGAGAAUUCAGCGCGGGUGGAGGAGGCACAGGAGAGCAAGAUGCUGCAGCUGGUGAUCCCCGUGGCCACCCAGAUCCAACAGGAGGUCAUCAAGGCUUAUGGCUUCAACAACGAGGGAGAUGGUGUCCUUAAAUUUGCCUGUCUGGUGAAGAUGCAUGAAACUCAGGAUCCAGAGAUAUUAGCCAUAUCAGUCAAACUGAGGUCUCUUCUCCUGCCUCCUCUGUCCACUCCACCCAUAGGUGGUGCAAUCCCAGCCUCCUAGGAAACUAUUUUGUGGAUCACCUUGUUUUUCAGAAGGGACAUCUAAAUGUUACAAAGUACGUGGAAGCCUGGAAAUCAGCUCAUGAUAUUUUCAUUCAGUCGUUGGUGAAAGUGAAUUGGUCACCUUAUUAUUACUAAUGUGCUGGGAUAACACACAUCACACCUUUAUUGGUUGAAAUGAAAACACUCAAACAACAAGCACUGACCAGGAUGGACAAAUUACAUCCUUUAAAGCUCAGUUAUUUUGCAUUCCUGGAUUUAAAUGCAAUACAUUUGACAGCUAACUGUAAAUCCAUUGUUUAUUCAUAUUUUCAGUAUUUAUUGAUGUUUUUUACAUUUUGCCAUUUCAUUUAUACCAUGAAUUGCUGUUUGAGAGGACUGCAUGAAUUUGUUUUAAACUUUUUGUAAACGUUUUAUAAUGCUAUUGUAUAAUGUCAAUCUCAGUUGUCACAGCUAAAUAAAUGUAUUCAUAUAAGAAAACUCAAAUUUUAGAUAUGUACUUUUUUAAAAAGAUAUAACAGCAACAAAACCAAACAGAUUAAAACAAACUUUAUUAUGGCAGUAAGGCUUUGGCAACUGUUUCUAUCAUUUCUCAUUCAGUACCAUUGUCACAGUAAAACUGUUUAGGGAGGGACCCUGUGUCUCAAUUUAUACUUGACACAUACUAUACACAUAUACACACAUAUACACAUACAUAUAUAUAUAUACAGUGGGGGGAAAAAGUAUUUGGUCAG